GUUGCUAUUUUUGAUCAUAUCCCUUCAAAGAAUACCAACUUUGAACCUGAUCUUAGUGUUGAAGGAUUGACAACUAAAUUAGUUAAGGAUUCUUUAAACUCAACAUCAAAGGUACCAGAAUUAUCAGCAAAUGCUGACUUGACACAUGGUCGUAUAGUUGAUCCAGCAUUAUUCCCAACAUUCUUUGCCAACAAGCCAAACAUCAACAAGUUUGUUUUGUACAAUAUCAACUUUAACCUUACCAAUGACACCAUUGGACAAUAUACCUUCGAUAAAUCAAUCAACUUUUUCCCCAUCAAUUUCAAAGGAUGGGAUACCGAUCCCCAGUACCGAGUGUACACAGAUGCAGCUGGAAACUACCAAAACUUCCACUACUGUAUGAGGAUCAAUGUAUUGUUCAACUACACUGGUAAUGAGAGAUUGAAUGUUAGAGGAGAUGAUGAUGUUUGGGUCUAUGUGAACAACUACUUGUUCUUGGACAUGGGUGGACUUCAUCAUCCAGAGGACCAGUCAAGGAACUUCUUAGGAUUGCAAGGAUUGCAAAUAGGCAAUCUAUAUCCACUGGACAUCUUCCAAUGUGAUAGACAUACGACUGAGGCCACGAUGAAGAUUGUUGCCAACUUCAAAUUUGUUUGUGAUCAUGUGGACUACUGUGGAGUGUGCAAUGGUGAUGGUUCUGCAUGCUGCAGUGCCGAAGCUGGUGGAGACUGUGAUGAUAAGAAUGCAUGCACAAUCGAUGCUUGUCCAUCGAGACUGACUCCUGGCGUCAACUCGACCAACUUCCAAUCGUUCUGCACUCAUCUUGAUCCAUGCGCUGCAAAGAAUGCAUCCGAUCCAUGCUACACAUGGGCCUGUGACGGCAUUGGUUGCACCAAGACUAGUGCCAAGACCUGUCCAUUGGUCAAGUGUCAGGUGUCCACGGGUUGCAACUCGAAUGAGGGUGGCUGCCAGUACAGUCCCAAGUGCGCAGCUUCAGACGUCUGCACCAACACAGUCUGUGAUGCCAAGACUGAGGAGUGCCUCAGCACACCGGUCAACUGCACGGGAUCCGAUCCAUGCAUGGACUAUGUCUGUAACAAGGACAAGGGUGGUUGUGUGUCCAAGGACAAGACCUGUCUCCCUGACAACCCAGCUGCCUGCACGAUCUACUCGUGCGCACCAGGCGCAGGCUGCACUUCAAGGUUGUUGAACAGUACCGAGUGCAACUGUUGUGAUCCAAGCAAGACACCCAAGUGCAAGGUGGCCAAGUGCAACUCUUCAACAGGACAAUGCGAGUACAGUGAUGUCAAUGUGAGUGAUGGAAAGGCCUGCACCAUCGACGCGUGCGAUCCAAUCACCGGUGUGAUCACCCACACGCCAAUAGUGUGCAAGGGAUGCCAGACCUGCAAUCCAAGCAACGGUACAUGUGUAGACACCAACAGCCAGUGCACGAAUGGCAACGCAUGCUCAGUCGGCAAGUGCAGCAACGGUUCAUGCUCAUUCGUCACCAACACAUGCGACGAUGGCAACCUGUGCACUAUUGACUCUUGUGUCGCUGGUGCUGGCUGCAAGUAUCAGAACAAGACCUGUCCAGAUGUCGGCCUGUGUCAAGUGGGCUCAUGUCUCGUCAACGGUACAUGUGGCGCCACCACCAGAAACUGCACGACCACAAAGUUCUGUAAGGUUGCCAAGUGCGAUGACAAGCUUGGCUGUGUGGAGGAGGACAGAGACUGUGUGCCAACCAAGCCCGAGUGCCAAGUCGGCGUAUGCAAUGAGCAGACUAAGCAAUGCGAGUUCAAAGAUCGCAAGCCAUUAUCCUGGAGAUGUAAGAAGACAUCGAGUGGUCACUCAAAACGCGCCAACCCAACUGCCCUACUAUGUCUAGUCAUUGCCACUGUGAUGUUUGUAAUGUCAUUC